AUGCUUGAUUUAAGUGAAGUCUGCGAUAAAUCCUCGCGGAUUUCUCCGUCCAAGGGCAGUGUAUUCCAAAGCUCCACCUUCCUCAGAAUUAACCGUGAAAAGUAUCAAAACGCAGACCAGAAACAACAAAGAGUGACAAAAUAUGUUUGGUUCACAUAUCGAUAUGCCAGUCUCAUUAACAUACUUGCUCCAUUCUCAAUUCGGAGCCUAUGCCAUUUGAUUGAAUUUCGAACCCCCAAGAGCAAUCGCAUUGGCUACUGGAAGGAUAAUUUUAACCCACCAGAGUUUCAUUCAAACAGUCCUGGAGAAGUUGCAGCAAUUUGA